GCCGUCAACAGAAGGUGUCUUCAAAAAUAAACACAAUGGAAAGAAAACGCUGUUAUGAGAAACCUGCCUUGAUGGUGUUCCCUGCCUCUUUGAGAUCUCACAAGGUCUGCACUCCCUUUGCUGUGAAGGGGGGUGGGCAUGUGUUGGAGCUGCCGAAGACAGGAAGUUGUAAGGAUAUAAAGAGGGUGAAAAAGAAAAAGCUAUUAUUUAAACAUCCCCUCCCCAUGCCACUGAAAUCCUCAGGCCUGGCCUCAGUCUGCCUCUUCUGCACCAACUAGCUGUGUGACACGGGGCACGUCAUCAGACCUCUCUGAGCCUCAGUUUCCCCAUCUGGAAACAGGGGCAUGUUGAACGCACUUUCCUCCUGGGGCUGUUGUAGGGAUUAAUUCAAGUAGGUGCUUCAGGGGGGAUGAAGGCUUAAAAGGGUUAGUAAUUCCUCCCCCUGAAUGUUCCAGGCUGAUCUGGACAGUGUUCCAGGCUGCUUGGGGGAGGGUCCACCUCCCCGCUACCGUGGGAGCCUCUCAGGAAGCCUCCUCUGGGCUGAGCCUCUAGGGCAGCAGCUCCGGGCAAUUUAUGAGCCUGCAGCUCUCCCCUCCCUGGUUCCUCCCAGCACAGCAGCUCUCACCCAACCCCCGGCUAUAUUUCAUGCCCAUCAAGAUUUAGGGUUCCACCAUUUUCCUGUAGGGAAAUCGGGCUGGGGGGAAUUUGAAUGCAGUUUUAUCAGCUAUAUCAUGCUCACUUUACUUGGCGGGGGUAUUACAGGUGGGGACCGACAAGUACUCGGAAUAGGCGAUAAACUUCCUGCAUCUUUAUUCCCUGCAAGAAGGGGCUGUGGGCCGUGCAGACCCCCGGAGGCCUUGAGUUCAGAUGGCUUUGAAUACCUGUGUCUGGACCUUCCAAAGGGAUCCUGGGACUUAAAUCCAGGUGUGACGGGUGUGGUGUUUUCAUUCAUUCAUUCCUUCAACAGGACCACGAGGAGACAUACAUUAGGCAUGGUCUCCAACCUCGAGGAGCUCUCCACCAAGCAGGGGGACAGGUACUCACUCACCCGAAGGACUUGUAAGCAGGGACUCCAGCAGAUACUUGCUCACCCAUGUUCACAGCAGCAUUAUUCAUAG